AAAGUGGUAAAAUUAUUGCAUUCAUUUUUUAGCGAACAUGACCUACGAUGCCGAGCAUUAUAUGCAGUGCGAUGCAGUGCGAUGCAAACCGAUGCAUACCUAAAGGCUGGAUCUGCGAUGGAUUUAAAGAUUGUCGUGAUGGGUCUGACGAAAGUGGUGCAUGGUGCGCGCGCGUGGUGUGCGGUGCCGCGCAGUUCGCGUGCGCACGUUCGAGACGCUGUCUCCCUGCCACUUGGCGGUGUGAUGGCGCACCAGACUGCGGUCCACAAGAUCGCAGUGACGAGCAAAAUUGCGAACCCGUGGAAUGUUCAAGCGUAAUGUUCAAAUGUACGAAUGGGGCGUGUGUACCCUGGGAGUACUACUGCGAUGGACACGCUGAUUGCACAGACGCAUCUGAUGAGCUCGCCUGUCGUGGACCAGCACGCCACACGACGUCCACGACCGCUACGCCCGCACGACGCAGGGGUCAUACGGGACAGGAAGAUCGCGGGGGCAUAUGUGAGCCUCAUGAGUUCCAGUGUAAUAAUGGAGAGUGUAUUCGACAGAAGUUUAGAUGUGACGCUCGCGUAGAUUGUCUCGAUGGCUCUGAUGAAGCGGGCUGUGGGGGGAUGUCUACAUCCCCUCCAGUAGUGACUACCAGCCCGAUUACCACGGCAACCCUGGAAGAUGAUUGCGUUUGGCCGGCUCUGCGAUGCGAUAAUGGGACUAGAUGUGCCGCUCUUACAAUUGUGUGA